AUGGUUUUAACUCAUUCUAUUGAUAAAGAUGGUACUAAUAUCUUUCAUAAUAAUUUAACAAAUACUUAUUUAAUUAUUAGUAAUAAUGGUAAUAAUAUUGAAAUUACAAAAGAAUUACCAAUUUAUUUGGAAAAAACCAAUAAUAGUCAAUUUCAAACAAUUAGUUGCAUUAUUGGAAUUAUUAAAUUAAAAAUUAAUUCAUAUAUUAUUAUUGCUGAUAAACAUACUAUAACUGGAUCAGUAUUGGGUAAUGAUAUUGCAUUUAUAAAAUCUUUUAAAAUUUAUCCAUUAUCUAGUAAUGUUACUUUAUCAUCUGAAGAAAAGAAAUAUUUAGAAUUAUUAAAUAAACAAUUGAAAAAUUCAACAUUAUAUUAUUCAAUAAAUAAUCAAUAUGAUUUAACAAAUUCAUUACAAAAACAAUUUACAACUCAAACUCAUCCAUUAGAUGAAAGAUUUUGGUGGAAUAAAUAUUUAUCAUCACCAUUAAUUGAAUUUGAUAAAAAUUAUGAAUUUAUUACUCCUAUAAUUUAUGGUUAUUUUAAAUCUCAUUCUACAAAAUUUAAUGGUAAAAAUUUACAAUUUGCAUUAUUAACUAGAAGAUCAACUUCAAGAGCUGGUACAAGAUAUUUCCGUCGUGGUAUUGAUUUAGAUGGUAAUGUUGCUAAUUUCAAUGAAACUGAACAAAUUUUUACAUCUGAUGAUAAUCAUGUUUAUUCUAUAUUACAAACAAGAGGUUCAGUACCAGUUUAUUGGGCAGAAGUUAAUAAUUUAAAAUAUAAACCAAAUUUAGAAAUUAGUACUCAAUCAUCAAUUGAAGCAACUGAAAAACAUUUUGCUCAACAAAUUGAAUUAUAUGGUGAUAAUUAUUUAGUUAAUUUAGUUAAUCAAAAGGGUUAUGAAAAACCAGUUAAAGAUGCUUAUGAAACUGCUGUAAAUAAUUUACCACCAGGUUUACAAAAACAUGUUCAUUAUAUUUAUUUUGAUUUCCAUCAUGAAUGUAAAGGUAUGAAAUUCCAUAAAAUUAAUUUAUUAUUAGAUCGUUUAAUUAAUUUAGGUUAUACUUCAGAUAAUUAUUUUGAAAUUGAUUUAAAUACAAAACAAAUUUUGAAUGUUCAAAAAGCUAUAGUUAGAACAAAUUGUAUGGAUUGUUUAGAUAGAACUAAUGUUGUUCAAUCAAUGAUUGGACGUUGGUUUUUACAAAAUCAAUUAUUAAAAUCAAGAUAUUUAUUUUCAGUUGAUCAAACUUUUGCUUCUAUUGAUCCAAAAUUUAAUUUGUUUUUCCAGAAUUUUUGGGCUGAUAAUGCAGAUGCUGUAAGUUGUGCUUAUUCUGGUACUGGAGCUUUAAAAACUGAUUUUACAAGAUUAGGUAAAAGAACUUAUCAAGGUGGUUUCCAGGAUUUAAUUAAUUCUAUAACAAGAUAUUAUAAAAAUAAUUUAGCUGAUGGUUCAAGACAAGAUUCUUAUGAUUUAUUUUUAGGUAAAUUUAAACCAUAUCAAGAUGCAGUUAGAUCACCAUUUGCUGAUAACAGACCUCCAAUUAUUCAAUUAUUACCUUAUUUAAUGGGUACUUCAUUCUUGAUCUUGUUAGCGUUAUUUUAUUACCCAAAAGGUUCAUUAUUAGAUUAUAAAAAUUUAAUUUUUAUUGCAUUGGUUUUAUUAUUUAACUUAAAAAGUUUCCAAUAUAUUAUUUCAAGUGGGUAUCAAUAUGUUGAUUGGCCAAAAUUAGUUCCAUUAGAUUAUUUGAAAAAGAAUUAUACUUAUGAUUCAAAUGGUAAAAUCAAUGGUGUAAAAUAUGAUAAAACUGAACAUUUCAAAGGAUUUUCUAAAAAAUCAAAAUAG